AUGGAAUUAGGUGGUCCAAUGAUUUCAAUAUAUCUUUUAGGAAAUCCAGACCAUUAUACUGAUCAUCAUUUUGUUACCUUUUACUGGAUUGAUUUUGUGAAUGAAGCAAGAAGAUACUGGCAUCCAGAUGAUAUUCGUAGUGAAAAACAGAAAGUUACAUUGAUGAAAAGAAAUGGGAAGAUUGUUGGUAUGAGUCCUGUUUAUGAUUAUAUGUACCGUGGUGAAAAUUUGGCACAAAUGAGUUUAUAUGAAUGG